GGUACGUACCAAUCACUGCCACUUGUUCCAACGGACUCAAGAAGAAAACCAAUGGGAAAAAUAGCUCAACAGAGAAACAGUAUUUGACACGCAUUUUUCUCUGAGGCUGAAAAAUAAGUUUUUCACCGAAAUCAGAGUCUCAUUCCUCAGUGAUCGUGCGCGAUCUUGCCCAAGAGAUCAUGUGACUUGUUAUGGCACAAGGAAGCAAAAUAAACAGUCGUGAAGAGCGAAAAAAAGGCAAAUGCGCACAAAAUAUUGUGCAUAUUCCCUCCUAUCUCUGUUAUACAAAAAAAAAUUAAAAUUUGGUUCUCGGGUGUCUUGGCGAAUUUUUAGCGAUUAAACUGGUUCUCCUGAAUCAACUUUUGAGACACUCACAUAAUCACUUUUUUUUUAUUUAGGGAAUUUGUAUUCUUUUUUUUAAUUUCAUUUGAUAAAGUGGCGUGGGAAUAUUUUGAGGAAUUGCUUUUUUUUGAAAGGUGGUCUUUUUGUGCUUUUUAAUCACAGUAUUCAAAUUUUUGUGUAUUUUCGAACAAAAAUAUUUAUUCGGCAGUUUCAAAAUUUGAACUUGCAGUUGAUUUUAUUUAGUGUUGCAACCCUUCUUGGAACAAAAUGGACAAAGAUAGAGAUAGAACUAGUGACGCAAUGACUGUACUGAAUGAAUCUACAGCAGUGAAAGUUACCCGCCCAAUUUAUCGCUUAGAACAAAUCAAUCAGAAUUUUCAAUAUGAGAAUCCCAAAGAGAAUAAAUGGAAGAAGGUUGCAGAAAAAGUUAAGCAGGUUGACUUCUUCAGAACACUCUUAUCUGUGAUCCCCGUGAUGGAUUGGGGACGAUCGUAUUCACCACGAAGUGAUCUGCCACUGGAUAUUAUUUCAGGAUGCACAGUGGCUGUAAUGCAUAUUCCACAGGGUAUGGGAUAUGCUCUGUUGGGCAAUGUACCACCAAUUAUGGGAAUCUACACUGCAUUCUUUCCUGUUCUCAUUUACUUCCUCUUUGGCACAUCGCGUCAUAAUUCUAUGGGGACUUUUGCGGUGGUGUCUAUCAUGGUGGGAAAGUUGGUGAUUAAAUAUGCAGGAGAAGAAGCUGCUGGUGUAGAUAGUGAUACUUCAGGAAUGCCCACUGCCAUUGAAGUGGCCACAAUUGUGUCUUUUAUGACGGGGAUUUAUCUUUUGGUGUUUUAUGUCUUUCGUCUGGGUGUUGUAUCUACAUUGCUGUCGGAUGUCCUGGUAUCUGGCUUCACCACCGGCUGUGCCAUCCAUGUCUUUACAUCACAGCUGAAGGAUGUUCUGGGACUGUCCCUUCCACAAAUUCCUGGGUACUUCGACGUGGUGCUCACGUUUUACGAACUGAUAAAUAGAAUCUCUCAUGUGAACUGGAUGGCUUGCAGCAUCUCUGCUGUUGCAAUCAUCGUACUUCUCAUCAACAAUGAACUGAUUAAGCCACGAUUGGCCAAAAUCACCAUCGUACCAAUUCCCAUUGAACUGAUCGCCGUGGUGUCGGGUACACUGGUGUCCACUCACUGGAACCUGGGCAAAGACUGGAAUGUAAAGACAAUCGGUAACAUUCCUCUGGGAUUUCCCACGCUAACACCACCCAAGUUUUCCCUGGUAGGGAGCAUAGCUACGGAUAGUUUCAUCAUUGCCAUUGUCUCAUACACGGUCACAGUGUCAAUGGCACUGAUCUUUGCGCAGAAGUUGCAGUACAAGAUCCGCUUCAAUCAGGAACUUCUAGCCAUGGGAGUUGGCAACGUAUUUGGUUCCUUCUUUCAGUGUAUUCCCUUCUGUGCUUCCCUCUCGCGCUCUGCCAUCCAACAAACAGUCGGGGGACGAACUCAGGUAGCCUCUGUGGUGUCCUGUAGUAUUCUCGUGAUCAUCCUGCUGUGGGUGGGAAAAUUCUUUGAACCAUUGCCCAAGUGUGUCCUGGCCAGUAUCAUUCUGGUAUCGCUAAAAUCGCUACUUAAGCAGUAUAAGGAUUUCUUCAAGUUCUGGAAGUGCAGUCACUUGGACGGAUGCAUCUGGAUGGCCACAUUUCUCACUGUUGUCAUCGUAGCCAUAGAUGUGGGCCUGAUCGUGGGCAUUGCCUUGAGCAUCCUUACACUUCUCUUGAAGAGCCUUAAACCAUAUGUCUGUCUCCUUGGCAGUGUUCCCGGGACAGAGAUUUACCUCGAUGUGACCAAGUACAAGGGUACAGUGGAAGUGCCCAAUGUCAAGAUCUUCCACUACUGCGGCUCACUAAACUUUGCGUCUCGCGAUCAGUUCAGGAAGCAUCUGUACAAACUCACAGGAAUCAAUGAGAGAAAAGUGAAAUUGAGCGAGGAUGGACUCAAAGAUGAAUCUCCACACGAUAUCAAGUGCAUCGUGAUGGACUUUUCAGCACUGACUUAUGUGGACUCAGGAGGAUUCGCUACACUUAAGUCGAUCAUUGAGGAACUCAGUGGACGAUCAAUUUUAGUAUUAAUAGCAGCUAUUUCAUGUCCUGUCUAUGAGGGCUACAAGAAGUCCAACUUAUUCGAUUUGGAGAAGGAAGGCAUGAGCAAAACCUUCCCCACAAUUCACGAUGCCGUGCAAUAUGCUGUUGAGAAGAACAUUCCGAUUAGUAUUACGUAUGAAUCUAUAAGACUUUAGGAAGGAAAUUUUACACAUUGUCUACGUAAGGUCCUUUCUACGCUUCAAAAACCUGCUGAACUCAUCAAAUUUCUACGUAAAUUUGACACUUUGCUGGAAUUUUUUGAAGAUCUUUCUGCGGCUGGACAUUGAAGGCUUCAGAGAAAUUUUCCCGUGCGAUUUUUUUCCUUCUGUAGGCGAUAGAAUAGUGAAAAAGGAAUUUCUAAAAGUUCUUGGAAAAAUUCUCAAGGAUCAAUAAAUUAUUGAAACUGUUGUUUUUUAUAUAAA